AUGAUCCAAGAAGGUUUAUAAGAAAAAAAGAGGAAUUUAGAAAUAUUGCUAUUAUCAGAUAUCUCAGUUAAGACAACUGUUUAAGCAAGAUGGUUUGAAAAAAUAGUUGCCUUAAAAAAUAAUUUAGCAUUCAUUUAUUAUGAAGGAGGACAUUAUGAAGUAUAUGAUAUCGAAAAACAAUUAAUUACUAUUGAAGGAAGACUUCCUGAGAAAAUCAAAUUUUUCUUAGAGAUAUAUACCAAGUUUUCAUAUAAAUAAAUUAUAGAGUAUUGGUAUAUCAUGAUCCAACAGAUCUCAAAAUGAAAAUGUUAGAUUUGAAUACAAACAAACCUGUUGCAAAUUUUUCUUUUGGAUCUAGUGAGAAAGUGGAUUUAAAGAGUGAUGAAGCAAGUAAAGAGAUAAUCGUUGAUAGUAAAUAAAUAUGAAAUAAUAUGAUAGAAUUUCGUAUAUUUUCUCUUGAUUGUGAAGAGAAAUAAUAAAAUACUUGAUUUC